AUGUCCACCCUUUUUUUGAUAGGAAUGCACGAGAUUGAAAAAUCUCAAACAAUUAUACGGAAUGAACACUAUUUCGAUAGAAUAAUUGAGCUUCAUGAUUUAGAUUCUCUAAUGAUUGAUUUGUACAGAGACAGGGUCUCGUCUUUUCCCAACGCUCAUAACUUUGAAACGGGUGUAUCUUUAGUUCUGUAUGACCCUUCGAAAUUUCAAUUAUCUGUGCGACAAUUAAAUGUUUUGUUCAAGCGAUUUUUCCCAUCUUUUAAUAUUUCUGCAAUUGAUCAUACACAAGAGGAAAAUUUGCAACGUCUUGAAUGCAUUGAGCGUGAAAAUAAUAUCUGUCGGAACAGAAUAACAAGAAUUAACCACUGGAUGUAUCACCAUCACGAUGACAUCCCAGACGGUAUUAAUAAAAAGAACUAUGGUACCAUUAACGGAAAUUCUAUUCCCACUCAAGCAUGUGAAGCAAAUAUUUACACAUUAUUAUUGCAUUUGAAUGAUUCCAAGGCACAACAAUUACACAAGGCAUCUGUGCCAAGGUUGAUUCGCAACAUCGAGUUUAUGUCUUUCUUAUCAGAUCCAUUAGAAAAAAUCUCUCAGGACGAGUUACAUUAUUGGAAUAUUUUAUCAACUUGGGACUUCUGUGCUUUAUCGUUAAGCACUCAAGAAUUGAUUUGGUGCGGGUUCACGCUUAUCAAAAAGUUAUCUAAGGAUGCGAAAGUACUCAUCGCAGAUAAUAAGUUGCUGCUACUAUUAUUCACUUUGGAGUCAUCCUACCAUCAAGUAAACAAAUUUCACAAUUUCAGGCAUGCUAUUGACGUUAUGCAAGCUACAUGGCAAUUGUGUACAUAUCUUCUCGAGGACAAUCCUGUACAAACACUACUGUUAUGUAUGGCUGCCAUAGGUCAUGAUGUCGGUCAUCCUGGUACUAACAAUCAACUAUUGUGUAACUGCGAAUCGGAGGUUGCACAAAAUUUCAAGAACGUCUCCAUCUUGGAAAAUUUCCAUAGGGAGUUAUUUCAACAAUUAUUAUCGGAUCAUUGGCCACAAUUGCUAUCUAUUUCGAGAAAACAAUUCAAUUUUAUCUCGGAGGCCAUUUUAGCUACAGAUAUGGCAUUGCACUCUCAAUAUGAGGACAGAUUAAUGCACGAACAACCUAUGAAACAAAUUACUUUGAUAUCUCUUAUUAUUAAAGCUGCUGAUAUUUCUAAUGUGACGAGACCUUUGUCAAUAUCAGCACGUUGGGCAUACCUGAUCACUUUGGAGUUUAAUGAUUGUGCUCUCUUGGAAUCAUUUCAUAAAGCUCACCGCCCAGAACAAGAUUGUUUUGGCGAUUCAUACAAGAAUGUUGAUUCUCCAAAGGAGGAUUUGGGUUCUAUUCAAGACAUUCUCAUGAACGUGACUAAUCCUGAUGAUAUUAUCAAAAGCCAUCCGUAUAUUCCAAAUGGUCAAAUAUUUUUUAUCAAUACGUUCGCUGAGGUGUUUUUCAACGCAUUAAGUCAAAAAUUCUCUAAAUUGGAAUUUUUAAGCGAUAAUGUCAAAAUAAACAAAGAAUACUGGAUGCAACAUAAGAAAUCACAAUAG